AAACAGGGAGACACCUUUAACACCCAAGUGAAAGAGCACACAGUUAGUGCCAUCCCUUUUAACAACAUUGGGGAAAAUAAUACAGAACAACAUCCUAAGAACUGUGUCUGAAUCUACAGAAUAUAGAGACAAUGGAUUGGCUCCUGUGUGCAAAAUUUACUGCCUUCUUUAUAUUGUUGGUGUCUCUGCAAUGCAGCUGUGAAUGGCAGAUACAGGCAAACAGUGGAAAAGACGAAAAAGGGAAAAUAAUUUGGAAACCACUUCAGCUUAAGAGACAAAAACGUGAAUGGGUUGUACCUCCUGUUCAUAUGGGAGAAGAACAAGAUAACACAAAGAGAAAUCCAAUAGCCAAGGUCCGUUCGGAUAUUGAAAUAAAACAAAGAAUAACUUACACAGUUUCUGGGCCUGGAGUAGAUCGAGCGCCUUUUGGUGUAUUUUUGAUCAAUCCCAGAACAGGAGACUUGAAUGUCACAGCAGCUCGUAUUGACCGUGAACAAAUUCCAAUGUUUUAUUUAACUGUACGAGCUCUUAAUCCUAAUGGAGGAGAUGUGGAAAAACCUCUAGAAUUGCGUGUCAGAGUUAUGGAUAUUAAUGAUAAUGCCCCAGUAUUUUUACAAAGCAUCUUUGUCGGAUCAAUAGCAGAGCGUAGCAGCGCAAACUCGAUAGUGAUGCAGAUUACUGCUACAGAUGCAGAUGAGGAAAAUACAAUUAAUUCAAAAAUUGCAUAUAAAAUUGUUUCUCAGGAUCCCUCUGAUCCAGUAAUGUUUAUUAUGAAUAAAUAUACUGGACAAGUCUUUACGAUGACAAGUACAAUAGACAGAGAGACACAAAGUAGCUACAGGAUUAUGGUUAGUGGUACCGAUUUGGAUGGAAAUGCAGGAGGACAGUCUGGGAGUUGCGAAGCUGAUAUCAAAAUCCUUGAUGUGAAUGAUAACUUCCCUGUUUUAGAGUAUGAAUCGUACUCUGUUCAAAUUGAGGAAAAUACAUUAAAUGACCAAUUACUAAUCAUGAAAGUAUUCGAUGCUGAUGAAAUGUACUCUGACAACUGGAUAGCUGUUAUUGAGUUUGUCUCUGGAAAUGAAGGAGGCUGGUUUGUAACAGAAACAAAUACUCAAACGAAUGAAGUUUAUCUGAAAGUCGUUAAGGAACUUGAUUACGAAGCCAUGCAAUCAAUGAACCUUGGUAUUGUUGUUGUUAACAGAGCAGCAUUUCACCAUUCUGUUAUAUCAGAAUACAGAGCUCAAAUGUCAACCAUAAACGUUAUUGUAGGAAAUCAGAUGGAAGGGCCUUCGUUCCAGCCAAAUACACAAUAUAUCACUCUCCCUGAUGGUAUAAAUAGAGAUGAUUUAAUUUCUCGCAUUCUAGCAAAAUUUACAGCUAUUGAUAUGGAGACUGGAAAACCAGCAACCAAUAUUGUGUACAUGAAAGGUCAGGAUACUGAAAAUUGGCUAAUUAUCGACUCAGUAACUGGGGAGAUCAAAGCCAUAAAUAUGUUAACUGCAGAUUCACCAGGUGUCAAAAAUGGCACAUACACUGCUGAGAUAUUGGCAAUAAACCCUGAUUUACCUGACCGAACAGCAACUGCCACUCUUGUUGUAAAUGUUCCUGAAGGAAAAGCAGGUUGUCCAACAAUAACUGUUGAAAAACGCCCUGUAUGUUUGGAUAGCAGACAGGUUUAUAUCACUGCCCUUAACUCUGAUCCUGCAACAAAUGCUGCUCCUUUUACUUUUGAACUUGUAUCUAUUAGCCCACAAACUACUGGCUGGACACUUCAAUCCUUUAAUUCAACAACUGCACUAUUAACUGGACCAUCAAGUUUAACUGCCAGUAACAUCACUGCUGAUAUAAUUGUUAGAGACAGGAAUAAUGUAAGUUGUCUAAAUCCUUGGAAAAUUCCUUUAGAAGUUUGCGAAUGUACAGACGGUCGUGUGUGUGACGCUGCCAAAAGAGCAUCCAAAAACAUUUCACUUGGCCCGGCAGCUAUCGGUCUUAUGGUCUUAGGAUUUUUAGCACUGCUAUUGGCUCCAUUAUUAAUGCUGCUAUGUCUAUGUGGGCCUGGUGCAGGAACUGGAUUUGUACCUGUUGCAGAGGGAUAUGACGGAGCUUGUCGCCCUUGGGGAACUGAAGGAGCUAAGCCAGAAGAUGUGGAUGUGACCAAUAUGCUCAUAUCUUCUGGACCUGAGUAUUCUGAUUUUCAUAAUAAUUAUGCAGUUGGGGCAGGCCAAGAUCUAUCAGCAAUGGGAGGAGCAGCAGCAGGAGGAGCAUUAGCAGCAGCAGCAGGAGGAGCAAUAAUAGGGGGAGCUGGAAGAGGCGGCACAAUGAGAGAAAUGACAGUGUACAAUGGAGCAGGAUAUGGAGGUGGAUUUUCUGGAGAGAGUAACAUGGCAGGUUCAGUUCUUGGAGCUCUACCCCCAUCAUACAAAGAAGGUGGAGCUGUGAAUAUGGCUUUUGUUGAAAACUACUUUGCUGAGAAAGCAGAUGCCUAUGCUAAUGAGGAUGACAGCCGACCGGCAAAUGAUUGUCUUCUAAUUUACGAUAAUGAAGGUGUUGGAAGCCCAGCAGGAUCCAUUGGUUGCUGCAGUUUUAUUGCUGAUGAUCUUGAUGAUAGCUACUUGGACACUUUAGGAUCAAAAUUUAAAACUCUAGCUGAAAUCUGUACUGGUGCAGAAAUUGAGCCAACAAGGAUUGGUGAUGAUCAGCCACGACUGAUUGCUCCUAGUACAUCAGUAGAUAAUGAAAUAAGUGUAAGGUUAGAUGAAUCUUAUUUAAAUGUCAAUGCUGCUCCACCUGCAAACGUUGGUAGCUCUAAUUAUAUCAGUGAGAGUUCCUAUUCCUCUUCUUCUAACCUUCAGCCAGCUAGGCCUAUCACUGAGUCAUUUAUUCCUGGUAAUGUAGUGGUUACUGAGACUUAUACAACCACUGAAAGUCCUUUCAAUCCUGUUGUACGUGCUGUUGAACCAAGACCUCAUUCUAACAUUCUUGUAACAGAAAGGGUGGUUGGCUCUGCUUCUGGAAUGCAAGGAGGAUUUCCUGAUGUGUAUGAUGGCUCAAAUGUUAUCGUAACAGAGAGGGUUGUUCGUCCUACUUCUGCAAUGCAAGGAGGCUUUUCUGAUGUGUAUGAUGGCUCAAAUGUUUUCGUAACAGAGAGGGUUGUUGGUCCUACUUCUGCAAUGCAAGGAGGCUUUUCUGAUGUUUAUGAUGGCUCAAAUGUUUAUGUCACAGAAAGGGUGGUCCGCCCUGCUUCUGGGAUGCAGGAAAUUCUAGAUUUCCAAAAUCUAGCAGAAGGAUCUAGUGUUGUCCUAAGAGAGAGAACAAUGACUCCAAGUGGUUCAAGACAAUCAAAUAGCCUAAAUAUUGCAGACUGUGUUGAUGCACAGAAUGUUGUAGUUACAGAAAGGGUCAUACAGCCAAUGUCUAAUGUUCAGGUCAAUAGAAGUCACCAAGAUUUAGGUGGUGGACAAAAUGUGAUUGUGACAGAGAAAAGAGUUGUUUCUAGCCCUGGUAUGAAACGCCAUAUGCUGAGUGCUGAGCCCUUGCUGCAGCAGUCAAUUGCGUCAACGUCACCCACUCUAGCUCGCAGUAAAGUAACAAAGUAUAGUACUGUACAGUACACUAAGAAAUAAAUUCCUCAUACUCUCUUAAUAUUUGUACUGUGUAAAAAAGCAAUAUUUUUUAAACACCUCAACAUAUUAUAAUUUGCUUUAAAACUAUUACAUUUUCAAAUGCUUUGUGUAUUUUAUAAACACAUAAAAGAAAACAUCAAUAAGAAACAGAUAUGUGUAUAAAUAUUAUAAUAUAAUGUCUAUUUUAUGAGAAUAUUGAGUUACAUUUUUGCCUUAUUCUCUUUAAAAAUGUCUACACUUCAAAUCUAAAGAAAACAAAAUUAUUGGAAUAAUAUACUAAAUACACAAUAAAAUAGAUGUAUACAAAAUAUAUAAAAAUAGAAUAAUCCCCUAUUUUUAAGACCUCUAGAUCUAAAUAGUUUUCAGUAUAAUACUAAAAGAGAACCUUCUAGUAUAUACAAUUGUAUUGUCAAUGUACAAAAUGUAAAAUAAAAAAAAGUUCUACGCAUCUGUAAAUAAAAUGUUCUUAAAGUAUUAUUUUUUCCAUUUAGCCUAAUGUCCUGUCAAAAUCCUUAUUAUUCUUCAUAUAUAUUUUAUGUUGUAUAGGGAGAAAGAAUUUUGUGGCUAUUUUUUCUUUAUUACGGCACUUAUUCAAAGUAAUAUUGACAAUUAUAUCAUAUGCUUGUUCUAGCAAUAAUAUCAUAGUGAAAACCAGCUUUACAUAAGCUUCUCUUAACCAGAAUUUUUUUUCUUUAUAUCUAUAUUUUUCAUGUUUUUUGUAUUUUUAUUUUGUAUAUGAUUUAUCCUUUUUCUACUUAGUACUGUUAAACUUCCGUUUUAAAUAGUGUUUCCUUUUAGGAGCAAGUUAAAAAUUGCUUUGAGCAUGUGCAAAUGGGAAAACAAAGAGUGAUUGAUUUAUGGAAUAAACUUCCUCAAGAGGUAGUAAUGACACACACUGAGGGGGACUUUAAAAAUGCCUGGGACAAGCAUAAGGCUAUCCUACGAACUAGAUAAGUUUAUACUGUUAGAUAAUAUCGGGCAGACUUGCUGGGCCUAUGGCUCUUAUCUGCCAUCAAUAUCUAUGUUUCUAUGUCUCUCAUUCACAUACAGAACCCUGCAUAGUUAGAUAAACAUCUCUGAAGUUAAAAUAUAAGUUUUUACAUUUUUUUGAGGGACCUCAUCAUUUACAAGACUUCUUCGAUCUUUGAUCAUCUUACAUGAGCGGAGAACUUUAGAUUAUCGGGUCCAAAGUAAGAUCUAUUCACAGACUGUAAAUCUUCUUGCACUAAGCUAACUAAAAUAGUUGGCUUAAAUAAACAUUGAACAUAUUUUGUGCAACUCCCUCUAAUUAUGGGUUGCAACAUACUGGAACCUUCAUUUUACUGCAGAUAUCUGAAGUAGAGUUGCUGCACAUAUGCAAACAAAUGAGCACUAGAAUGCAGUGAAAGUAGAAUUUCAACAUGGCAGCACCCAUGACUAGAUGGAGGUGGGGAAUAACGUAUUUAGUGUUUAAUGUCCCUAUAAGUCACUUUAAGUUUGCUCUUUUGAAAAUCAGCUGGUUUGUUACUAGAAAUAUUGUAAAUCAGCUAUUAACAAAACAAUGAUUUUCAACUGACCAAUUUUUUAAAGUCAUGUAAUCUUCAGUGACUUGCUAUAUUUAGGACAUAAUAACCUAACUAUAGAAAAACAUUAGGUGCAAAGAUAGUUUACAAAAAUUACAGGUAUUAUUUAUUAAUAGUGCAAUUUGGAGAUAGAUAAAUUAAAUAAUAAAAUUAACAAAUACAAACACGUACCUGUAGAUAAAUUCUGACAAAUGAAUAUGUCUUAAAUUAAAAUAUGAUAAAAUAGUUAAACUGCAAUAAUAAUAUUUUUUUAUGAUUAAAAUAUUUUUCUCAAUAUCUGUAAAAUUUCUAUUUGCCUUGUUAUUUACAUUUAAGUAGUAAGUUGUCUCUACAUACGAUUGCUUCUCUGCUCAACUCUUUCUUCAUAAAAAGAACACAUACACCUUAAGAAACAUGUUAAUGUCUUUUUUGUGUGUGUGUGUUUUUGUAAUCUGCUUUAUAUGUUUACUGUGCCGAGUACAAUUCUUGUUCUUCAUUUUUAAAACACAGUGACAUCGUUUUUAAUAUGUGCAUGCACUGGAAAUUGCUUUGCUCUAAGGUUGCAAAAUGAACAUUCUUCUGUUAUAUACUUGACAAAAAAAUAGCUGUUAAAUACCCAAUCCACAACAGACUGCUUAUAUGCUUAUAAAAAUUCUGCUUUAUUUGUCUUUACUUCUGUUUAAUGAUUAGCACAUAUAUUGUGGUUGUGUUUUGGGUUGCAGCUUUUAUCAGACAGCGUUUUUAUUUUUUCAAUUUUAUAGUAGGGUCAAAAAUUGAGAAAUGAUCGAAAAUAAAUAUAUCAAAAACCUAAUAUAAUAGUUAAUAAGCAAGAAAGAUUUAGCAACCUGCACUGUUAUGAACAAACCAUUAUGUUUGGCAAUAUUUUUGUAUUUUAUAGAAAGUAUUAAUAAAGCACUUUUAAAUAAA